AUCAAGGAGACCAAAAAUCACAUUGGGGAGGCCAUAGGCUUGCAUUGAGAGCAUCAAGGAGUCCAAAGCAAGACUUCUCAACUCAUUUGAAAGAGCAGCCUUCACGUUUAAAAAACAUUCAUUUUUCACAAUGCCUAAAAAGGAUGAGGCUUGGAAAUAUACUGAAGACUUUAUUGGCAGACAAAAAAAUCAAACAAAAUGUCUUUUUUGUAAAGAAAUUAAUUUUGGUGGCAUCAAUAGAUUUAAAUACCAUAUUGCCGGCAUACCUGGCCAUGAUAUUGAGGUAUGCAAAUUACAAACUCCUGAGGCAAAACAUUUCUGUUAUGUCCAAUUAGAAACACAUGAACAAGAAAAGUUAACUAAGAAGAGGCAAUUGGAAGAGUUAAGUGCUAUUGGCUCCCAUGCACCCACAUCCGCAUCCGCAUCCGCAUCUGCAUCCGCAUCCGCAUCCACAUCCAUAGGCUGUGUUGGAGAGGGUUCUUCCAUGCCUCCCUUUCACCCUAGUGCUUCUGUUAGUGCUAGUGCUUCUACUUCUACUCCUCCUAGUGGCACUAUUACCUUUGGCCCUAGAGUUCGGAAAUCCAGGUUGGAUAGUUAUUUUGUGCCGCGUAGUGCUCCUGGGGCACAACCCUCGCUUGAGGGCAUGGGUUGGAACAAGGAGGUUCAUGAUGCUGCAAGAAAACAAAUUUGCAAGUUUUGGUACUUUUGCAACAUUCCAUUUAUUGCAGCUAGGUCUCCUUAUUGGCAAGGCAUGGUAGAUUCCAUAACCAUUUGUGGUGCGGGGUUUAAAUCCCCUACUAAUGCUGAGUUAUGUGGCCCCCUCUUGUUACAAAUGGUUGAGGAUAUGAAAGUUGAGCUAGAAGACCAUCCAUAGUCUUGGAGCCAAAAGGGUUGCACCAUCAUGACAGAUGGUUGGACGGAUAGGAGGAAUAGAACACUCCUAAAUUUUCUUGUUUCCUGCGGAGGAUCCACCAUGUUCUUGAAAUCUAUUGAUGCUUCCUCACAUGUGAAAAAUGCCACAUACUUAUGUGAGGCUAUUGAGGAAGUCAUACGAGAGGUGGGGGAAAAAAAUGUGGUGCAGGUGGUGACAAAUAAUGCAGCAAGUUAUGUUGCUGCAGGUAAACUUUUGAUGGAGAGGCACCCGAAAUUUUUUUGGUCUCCUUGUGCGGCCCAUUGCCUUGACCUCAUGUUGGAGGAUAUUGGUAAGCUUGAAUGGGUGAAAUCAAUAGUUGAAAGGGCCAAAAAUAUCAGCAAGUUUAUCUACAAUCAUGCAUUGGUCCUUAGCAUUAUGAGGCAAUACACGGGGCAAAAGGAGUUGGCUCGUCCUGGUAUCACGAAGUUUGCCUCAAACUUCCUCACACUGAAAUCCUUGAUAAAAUCAAAGGCGGCUUUGAGGCGUAUGUUUGUUGGUGAGGAGUGGACUUCCUCAUCCUAUGCUACAACCACUGCAGGGAUAGAUGUGGUAAAUUGCAUUUUUGAUGAGUCAGGUUUUUGGACCCCCUGUGGAGAAACCGUGCAGGUCGCUGAGCCCCUCGUAGUUCUCCUAUGAGUUGUUGAUGGGGAGAAGCCCUCUAUGGGCUAUAUAUAUGAGGGUAUGGAUAGGGCCAAGGAGGCCAUUAGGUCCAUAUAUGCAGGAGAUGAGGAUAAGUAUGGCCCCAUUUGGGAGAUUAUUGAUAGGAGAUGGCAGAACCAGCUUCACAGGCUCAUCCAUGCAGCAGCCUAUUACCUCAAUCUGGCAUUUUGAUUCCGUGAUGACUUCAAGGCAAAUGAGAAGGUUCUUAGUGGCCUGUAUACAGUGGUUCAAAAGUUGUGUACUGAUGGCACAGCCUCAAGUACAACGCUCCAGCUGGAUAAAUAUAAUAAUCGAGAAGGGGCAAUCUUCUCAAGAAGCAUGUGCGUAGAGGCUUGAACACAAUUGCAGCUAGAUAGAUGGUGGCAAAUGUUUGGGCACUCAACCCCAAACCUUCAAAAAAUUGCCAUCCGUAUUUUGAGCCAGCCAUGCAGCGCUUCUGGAUGUGAGCGCAAUUGGUCCAUGUUCGAGCACAUCCACUCGAAGAGGCGUAAUAGAUCGUCUGUGGAGAGGUUGAAUGAUCUUGUUUUUGUUCAUUACAACCUCCGUCUUAGGACCAGACAGAUUUUGGACAUUGACUCCUCUCCGAUCACUUUAGCAGAGAUCGAUCCAGAGUUUGAGUGGAUCACUGAGUCUACUGAUCCUGUCUUCACUGAGGAGGACCAUGAGUGGGUUGACCAGGUAGACAGAGAGGCUGAGGCUGUGGCUAUGGCAGAGGAGGAGGAUAGAGCAUCCAGCACAGGCACCUCACAGGCGGAGACUAUGGCUUCUCAGUCAUCCAGGACCUACCUUAGACGCAUUUGUAGGAGGCAGACAGACUACUCUGAGGCUCAGGAUGAGCUAGAGCCUGAGCCAUAUACUUGUUUUUGUUUACAGUUAUAUAUAUGUUUGGGAACAUUUGAUGUCAUGGAUUUUAUAUACAUUUGACAACAUUUAUAACUCUAUAUAUUCAUGUUUUCUAUUUCCUUUAGCUACAAUUUACAUUUCUACGCAUGUGAUGGAUGUAUGUUUAUGUAUGUGAUCAAAUCAGCUUCUAUUUGAUGAUGUUAUAGUGUCUUUAAGCUUUAUUCAAUAAUGGGUGCAUGAAACAAGUUAAAAAUCUUUAAAAAUCUCUAAAUUUCAAGGGUUUUUUAUUUUGCCGAGUCAUAGUCGAGUCGUCGCCGAGUCAUAGCCGAGUCACGAGUCGAGUCGGCCUUGUCGAGUCCGAGCCGAGUCCGAGUCUGGGAACUUUGGUACAGAGCAAAGGAAUCAGUUGAAGACUAUUGGAAGAAUUGCUUUGAUGACUACGAGGUCAGGUGACGGGAAUAUUCUAGACUGUGUGCAGCAGAUGCAACUCUUUGAAUACAGUCGGGUCCCAGAUCAGCUCACAGAUUCAGGGAAUUGCCUCCAGGUCCGAGAAUUUGAAGCAGUAAGGCAUCUCUUGCCAGGCGUUGAUUGGUCGCAGGGCCCAAUCAUUGAUUUCGAGGCAGUCAUGGCAGCCCCAGCAAGGUACACAAAUCAGCGGUUGCAUCAGCAGAUUGAAAGGCUAAUCCAUGAGGGAGUCCAGUUCACUUACCACUUAAUGGGCAGCCUCGAUUCUCAGUCUUCAGAAGAUGAAGGAACAUCUAGUGCACCCCAGGAAGGAACUGAGAAACCAGAGAAAAGGAAGAAGGCUAAGGUUUGCAGAGGGACUCGGAUGUCCAAAAGAACAAGAAGGGAAAAGAUUCCUAUAAAGAGGCCAGAGGUCACUUCAUCUUCAAAAGAUCCCAGUUCGUCCGACGAUGCUGUAGAAUUGGAUUGUAUACCUGCUCCGCCUUCCCAGAGCGACAUCGAUGCAUUUGAAGCCAAUGAUCCUCCUGCGCUCGAUGUGCUAGACACUGAGCUAAGAGCCCUCGAAUUGACCAAACUGGGUAACCAAAUAGAAGGAGGAGAAAUUCCAUCCACCCAGGGGGUCAAAGUGCAUGAACCUACUCAACAGAGCUGUCACGAGUUGCUGCUCCACAAUACAGCCAAAGAUGACUCCACCGUCGAAGGAGAACAAAGGAUAGAUGAGACUCAUGAGCUUGAAAGAGUUGAAGAACGACCUUCACAUGAAGAUGUCAGGCAGUUGUUCAGCGAAAUAGGGGAGAAUUCAGCUCCAAGCAAAGGGCUUCACACCUCUUUCACUCCUCCGGUGGCAGGGCAGCUGCGAAUCUGUGGUGAGUCAACUGAGAAUGUCAGAGAACAGAACGUUGACUUAACCUUAUCAUCAACACAAACAGUGCCUCAAGAGUGGCUGAUUGCCAGAGCCCAGCGCAAGGCCACCACCAAACCACCCAUUGAUCUAGAGGAUAUCUUCUUGCGUAUAGAUCAAGCAAAAGCUAAGGGGAAGAAAAAGCCCAGGGCAUAUUCUAGAGUGACCAAAGAUGAACAAAGGAACCGCACUCUUCAUAUUGCCACCCCGCUUGUAGAAAAGCUAGCAGAUCAGAUAACAUCGGCAGAUUAUAGCAUCACAACUAUCCCCAUCAGACUAGCCACUAAAGAGCAAGAAAAGGAAGAAUUUAAAGAUUCAGUGCAGAAUAUACUCAGGCAACUCGAAGAGAUCACAGCUGAAAAGGACAUGUAUUGGGCCUGUGCUGAGCAAGCCAAAGGAUACAUCAAUCAACUCCUAAGGCCAUUGCACAAUGCCUCCGAAUCCCAUAUUCCCCCGACAGCAUUGGUGCAAAGGACCACAACUGAAUUUGAAGGAGUACAGGACACCGCAAAGGCCGUCAAGGAAUGGAUGCAAGACAUCAAGAAAAAGGGAGAGCAGAUCCUUAAGGAAGUAAAAGAAAUGGCCCUCCAUCGAGAGCUCACUCUAAUCAAGUUAUUGGAGGUAAAGAAGGAAUCCCUUCACAUCCACGAAGUGGCAGCCACUACCCUUCCCCUCAUGAGAGUUCUUUUCUGGACACACGCGCAAAUUCCUACAUUGUCCGCCAUCCUGGAUCCUCAUAGCAUUAGUGUUCUUAAGGAGUGGUACUGGACUGUCACCAUGAAGAACGACACCAAAGAAAUUAUUGACAAGGAAAGUGACGCAUGUGAAGUGAUUUUGGGAAACAUGCAAGAACUAGGUAAGACCAUCCUCCGAUCAAUGGUUUCAGGAUGGAUAAAUGACUUGUCCGAUAAUGCAAUCCAGCCGGACUGGGAAGAAAGAUUGGGGAUGGAUAAGAUUUCCUAUUUCACUAAGGACUUGGAGUUUUGCUAGUCAGUUCCUUUCAGACAUAUUAUGCUUUGAGCGUAAUCGCUCCAGCUGGAAGGAUGAUUUAAAACACGUGGACCAGUAUCUCGAAGGCAUGCAAUACAAAAUUCGCCAUCCUCCCAUGCCUCCAUUCAGUUUGCUCUUCCAGUUGUGUAUCAAGUUCCAGGAAUACGUUCGCGAGGAAUGGGCAACAAGUCGUGAUUUAUGGCGCAAAUACCUGGAUGGCGAGGAUCAAUUUCUAGAAAAGGAGUGUGAGACUGAAAUAGAGAAAGUAAUUUCUCAAAAGUGCUUUUUUCCCUCUAAAUCUUAAAAGUGCACUUUUGCACAAAAAGGUGACAGUUGACUUUUGGUCAACAAAUGUAAAGCUUUAUUUGAUGCACCUUUUUGGAUUAUUUCAAAUUGCUGUAAUUAUCCCAUUUUGGGUAGUUAUUGCCCAUUUUGGGGUGGUUGUUGAUAUUUGCCUCCCAUUUAUGGGUAUGGGCAGCCAUGCUUUAUGGAUGAAUCUGGGCCACUCGUUUAGAUUAAAUCUAGGCCAUUCAUCCUUUUUGAAGCCUAUUUAAGGGAUUGGUUUUCCCUCUUUUUGUAAGAAGUUCUUGGAUUGUUGCGAAAGCUCGGGAGAAAUUUAUAGGAAUUAAUGCAAAGAAUUAAGACUAUUUUCAAGUUUCCUUGUGAGUGCAUGGUCUCCUUCUUCACUUAAUUUAGAAAUCUUUCAGUUAUGUCUAUUUAUUUUACAUAGCGUUUUUCAAUCAAGCAUCUGAUAAAAUCCUUGCAGUCCACACCAUUAGGGAGCAGCUGAUUGCCUUUCUUUCAGCAUUGUUAAUUUGGACCUUUCAUGCUUAGUUCGGUUAUCAAAUACAUACUAUGAAUGUAGAAGUUCUAAUAUCAUACUUGAUAAUAUGAAAAUCUAGUUUCUCCUUUGAAGAUUGCACUGGAUUUAUGCAAACAUUGUGCUUGAGCAGCUGGUGAUGUUUAAUCUAGUUUCCUGGAGGUGUCUGUCUGUUUGACUGAAUUUGCUAUUUUAGUUAGAAUUUACAUUUCAUGUCUCUCUCUCUCUCUCUCUAUCCUUCCCUCCUUUUUCUCCUUUUUUAUUCAGAAAAUCUACAGCCUUAUUAAAACAGUAUCAAAUUAACUGAAAUCAUCCGAUAGAAAGAUCAUAAAAGUUCUAGGGAACUUAUCUAUAAAUUACCAGUUCAACGUCAGUCCCCCUUGUGUUUCCAACAUAAACACAUCAAGCCACUGAAAAAUCCCGUAGUCAAGACCUGACAAUAGAAACCUUGAGGUAGUCUCCUUUGAUCAAACUUAGAAAACAGCAUUAGAGACUUCCUUAUCUCAAGAGAGUAGGAUAAUCAGUUGGCUAUUCUAUUCUGUGUUGGCCGUAUGGAGUUUGCAGCAAUGCGAUUUCAGACACGUCAACACCACGGACCUAAUGAACUCCCUCAACUAAUAAUUUUGCCCAAUGUUCUGGUUAAAUUCAAGAGUGGCCAAUUGAAAAUUUUCUUUUCAGAAUACAAAGACAAACAAGCCAAACUGAGAACUAUUCCCACUGCCCUGUUACUGUUGCACAUAUUGAAAAAUCAUCCUAGGUCGGAAACGCAUGCAUGCAGCCCGCAUUUUGUACAGUCAGUUUCUCCUUGUACAUAGUUUAGGUUUUUGUUUUCUGUUUUUGUUUGUUUUUUGUUCUUUUAGCUUAGAUUUCUUGUUUUCUGCUUUAGUUUAGUUUGCUUUCCGUAGUGUAGGUGUCCUUUCGGAAGGGGCUGUCUCCCUGUCAGUUUUUGAAGGGGUUUGUUUGCUUUUCCCAGCUUUGGUGUACGAAGUCGAAAAUUUUUUUCCGGCUCAUUUCUUGGAUGCCGACUUUGGUAGAGCACCUAAUUGACGGUUGCCCCCGUAGUCAGUUCAUUUUGGUUUAAGGCUUAGUCAGUCUAAAAAUUUAGUUGCUUACUACGUCUUGUUGCCAACGUUGUGAUCACUGCACUUUUAAACGCUUAAAAACGAUUAAGUCUAUUGUUUUAUCAAAGGGAGGUCACUGCAAGUGAAAAAAUUUGAAGCUCUGCUUCAGCGACCACUAUAAUGCUCAAUCCCAUGUAGGCUUCACUGCUUACCAGCCAAGGUGAAAAAGUGAAAAUAAAAGAGAAAAAUCAAAAGAAAAGAAAUUGAAAAGCAAAGAAAUAUCAAGUUGCUUGGCUUUGGUAAAGCAAACACCUUUGCCGAUUUUCAACAAGAAAAUUUAUCAGAAACAGAGCAAUCUCUGUGAGCUUACAGGCGAUAACUCCGCCGGGGCUAUAGACGCUUGUUGGCAGCGGGGCUCUAUCCAGGUUGCUUUUGGAGUUAGAGUCGCUCUACAUAACUUGCAUUAACUAAACAAUGAUAUCUCAACCUUCUUUAGGCUUGAAUGAACUUCACUGCACACACUUGAUUUCUCAAGGUUGGUGACUUGAUUCAGUUUGCGACCUCAUUUUUACUUUGAAUCUAUCUUUUGUCAUUUGGGUUGUUUUGUGGGGUAUAUAGUAGAGAUUCUCGGGUUCGAUACGGAUAGUCAUCCUUGAAAUGUUCAGGAACAUUUUCCAGCCGAGUCGCCAUUUGUUGUGCGAAUCGCACACCCAUCCCCGUCUUGGACAGGGACCCCCCAGUUUGUGCCUUUCUAUCCUUGCGGAAGAGGAAGGGGAUAUGAAGGGUCAGGUGUCGCUAAAACCAAAUUCGGCCUCUGGGGCCAUAUUGCGAACUUAAAACUCCCCAAUUCUCGCAAAAUCGCCUAAAUGUGAAGAAAGAGUUAAGGCCUGCAAUGACGUUGAAAUGUCGAUUUUCGCCAAGGGAUACAAAGGAGAUAAAGAAUGCAAAGUGCCAAGGUUGACAAACUCGCCCAAGUACCAAAACUUGCACUUUUUAGUGAAAAGUUGGCAAAAUGCUUCAAAGGGCCGAAAUUCGGACCUUUUAGCCAAAAUGUUAAAAAAGUGAAAAGUUGGCAAAAUGUCUCAAAGGGCCAAAAUUUGGACCUUCUAGCCAAAAUGUUAAAAAAGUGAAAAGUUGGCAAAAUGCCUCAAAGGGCCGAAAUUUGGACCUUUUAGCCAAAAUGUUAGAAAAGUGAAAAGUUGGCAAAAUGCCUCAAAGGGCCAAAAUUCGGACCUUUUAGCCAAAAUGUUAGAAAAUUGAAAAGUUGGCAAAAUGCCUCAAAGGGCCGAAAUUCGGACCUUUUAGCCAAAAUGUUAGAAAAGUGAAAAGUUGGCAAAAGGCCAAAAAGGUCUGAAAUUUUCAAAGUGACCUUUAAGUGAAAACGCCUAAAAGGUAAUAGUUGGCAAAAUGCCCCAAAAGGCCAAAAUUCGGACCUUUAAGUGAGAAUGUGAAAAAGCAAAAUUGGCAAAAGGCCAAAAAGGUCCAAAAUUUCUAAAAUGCCCAAAGUUUUCAAAGUUUUCAAAAGUGCCUAAAAUCCCGAAAUUGGCCAUAAAGGGGUAAAAAUGUCAAAGUUUUUAAAGUUCGCAAAAGUGCCCAAAAUCUCGAAGUUCACAUCAAGGGCUCUAAAUCGCGAUGUUUAAAAUUUCAAGAAGGAAAUCGCGUGAUUAAACUUUUCAAACGCCCCUCUUGCUCGAAAUUGCCAGGAACAAGUAAAUUCGCGGAAGGAGUAAAAGUGUUAAACUUGGGAAAUUUUCAAAUCACCCUCCAGGCGUUAAAUUUAAUGUUUGUUAAAUUAAUUUUAAUUUUUCAAAUUAAUUUAUUAAAAUGGGAUUAAUGGUUUGCAGGUCGCAGGACACCAUCGUAGAGAACCAGGAGAAAGACCUGAAACGCAAAUCGAAGAAGGAUCGCAAUCAAGGCCAGGCGCUGAAGACUGGAAAAGAAAAAAGAUGUGGGAACGCACUGUAGGAGUGUGAGAGCAACCAAACAUUGUGAACCGUGUCGUUGAACAAAGAUAAAGCCACCACCAGGACCAAAGACCAAAGAACACUCUGAAUGCUGCAAGUUUAUGCCUUCUCGAGAAAAAGCACACAACUGGAUUUAAUUCUAGGAAUUCAAUUUCUAAAAAGCUAAUUUUGUUUUAUUGUAAAACUACUUAUAGGCCCCACUCAGAUAUUUUGAAAGAAAGGGGAAACAAGUCAGUUCUGGACAGUUAUGUCCAACUACCGGAUAGACUCAAAUUGAAGCCAAAUAGUGGCAGGUAGUUGAAAUUGUGGUUGAAUGGAUGAGUGAGAAUUUAAUGGGCAUGGGUUAAGGCUGCUAGUUUCUGGAAGGCAGAUCAGGACCCUUGGAUGCAGUCCAUCCUAGCCUUCGAUUCAAUAUUGUAAAUUCUAUAAAAGGCAGAGGCCUUUGUUUUGUAAAGGGUUAGAUGGUUAGAGGUUUUUGUUAGAUAGUCAGACAGUUGGUUAGAAUUUUGUAGUUAGAUUUUAGAAGGUAGAAUAGGUUAGAUCUUAGCAGUAGCAUAGAGAUGCUGCAGAAAUUGUUGUAAUAGGCAGCUGAAAUCAAUAUAUAAACAUUGAUUUGGUGUUUAUUGUCUUGUUUUCAUCCUGUUUGCAUGGUUUCUUCCGGUAUUUUAGAUAGAUCUUUCUGUUUUGGGUGUGCAGGUAUUUGAUAGAUUCAGGCUCAUACCAUUGAGGAUAUACUGAUUGUGUAUCCUUUUGUAUGGUUAACCUGAGCCUUCGAUUGUGCUUAGUUCAAUUGCAGGUGUUCGUCUGAGCUGCGCCAGAAUUGGGAGCUUAGCCGUGCGUUUGCAGUCUGAAAAUCUUCCAAGUCCCCUAGAAGAUUGCACUGUUCCUGCAAGGUUGUGAGCUAUUCUAGCCAAGCAGAAAUCAGUUAUGUUGAACAUGUCUACCCGCAUACCUGUGUUAGUUUUAGAUCUCCUAUCCCUUCCCUUUUGAUUUUAUUUUGUAGUCUGAGAAUCGCAGCAGACCAGCUUGUUGCAAAUCGUAAUUCCCCUUGUGCUCCUAGCAAAUCACAUCGACCACUGAGUAAUCCCGCAGUCAAGACCUGACAAUCGAAACCUUGAGGUUGUCCUCUUUGAUCAAACAAAACCAGCAUUAGGGAUUUCCUUAUCUUAAGAGAGGAUAGGAUACUCAGUGAGUACAUUCUAUUCUGCGUUGGCCGGAUGAAGUCGCAAGUUCAGCGAUUUUAGACACGUCAACAGUAGGGUAGUUGUCUUAGCUUGGCAAUAGUUCAAGCAUAGUUCGCAUACUUGGACUCGAAGAGUACUUGGCAAGCCCAAAUUUUUUGACUUGGCAAAAACUCGGCAAAAACAUGACAACUUAAAAAGUACUGAAAUUUCUUAUAAAAACACUUUUUUUUUGCAAAAUUCAAUUACAAAAUGUAUCAAAUGAGUCUAAAAACCAUGAGGAAGUGUUUUCUAUUAAAUUUGAUUGUUCAAUACAUAUGGAUUUCAAAAUGGCAUCAUCAUACGAAGCUGACUAGUGGAAUUGGAUACAAUAGCUAGCUACUAACUAAUAAAUAUUAUGAAUUUAUGAUGAUUGUAUUUGAAAAUCAUCAUAAAUUUCAUAUCUAGAUUUGCUAGGGUGAAAGAUUAAUGUUGUUUCUUUCAUUUCAUAAUGUUUUGAUCCAAUACUUGUCCGUUUUGGAAGAUUGAUGCAAGGGAUGGAAUCAUGAUAAUCAACACCAUGAAGGAUUAGGUCCACAAAUUCAACACAAGGAUGAUGGACUCAACAAGGUUAUUCACUGAGGAUUUAGAUGAAUGAUUUGACAGCAAAAUAAAAGCUCAACACCUUGGAGGGAUUCGGGUUUCAAAUCAUCAAAGAGAACUUUGCAAGAGGAUUUAGAAGAGGGAUAGCGGAUAAAAAAUUGUAUGUUAAGGAAGAAGGUAAUCAUAUGUGGAUUGUUGUAGUUUCUGUUGAUGAUCUGAGAUUUGGUAGUGAUUGUGAAGAGAUGUGUCAAGCUUUUGCUACUAAUAUGUAGAUGGAGUUUGAAAUGUCCAUGUUGGGUGAAUUGUCUUUCUUCCUUGGUUCAUUUCUCAAACAAAGUAUAUAAUAGAUUUGUUGAAAAGAUUUAGAAUGGAGGAUUGCAAUCUUGUGAGCACUCCAAUGGUAACAAGAUGUAUGUUAAGUAAAGAUGAUGUGUCUCCAAAUGCUAAGUAAACAUUGUACAAGUCUAUGAUAGGAAGUUUAUUGUAGGUUUCAGCUACUAGACCUGGCAUUAUGCAAGUUGGUUAUGUUGCCAGAUUCCAGACUACUCCUAAGAAUACUCAUGUUCAUGCAAUUAAAAGAAUCUUUAAGUAUGUUAAGGGUACUAUGGAUUAUGGGUUAUGGUAUCCCAAAGGCAAUGAUAGAAAGAGCACAAGUCAAGAUGUAUUGUUUCUAGGUGGCUGUCUUGUUUCAUGGUUAAGUAAAAAGAAAGCUUCUACUUUGUCUACAGCUGAAGCGGAGUAUGUUACAACAGUGUCUUGUUGUACACAAGUUUUAUGGAUGAAGCAAACUGAGAACAAUAUUAAGGUAGAGUAUGAUCAUCCUAUAUUUAUCUUUUGCGACAACAUGAGUGCUAUUAAUAUUUCUAAAAAUCUUUUUAUGCACUCUACGACUAAACAUAUUCCUAUUAAGUAUCAUUUUCUGAGAGAACAAGUUACUAAUCAACAAGUUAAGUUGGAAUAUGUGUAUACUAUAGAGCAGAUUUCAGAUUUGUUUACUAAGCGUCUACCAAAUGAAACUUUUGAAUUCUUGAGGCAGAAGUUGGGAGUGAUUUCACUCCAUCUUGAAUUAAUGUUUUAAACUCAGGGAUAGUUUUCAUCAUAUUCUUUUAGCUCCAUUUCAGUUAUGCAGAUUGAUAUUAGUCAUUGAUGUCAAAGGGGGACUCAUAAGUUAAGGGGAGCAGUAUUUUUUGAAAGCUUUGUUUUAGGUUGGUUGAAGAUGGAGUUGCCAUCAGUAGCAAAAGGGGAGAUUGUUGGAUAUUUUGUCAUGAUGUCAAAGAAUGAUGAUCAAGGUUGUCUAGCAAUUGCUUGUUUGAGCUACUUGCUUGCUUGAUUGGUUGAGCUCCUAGUUGUCUAGUUGAGCUACUUGGUUGUGUGUUUGAGCUACUUGGGUGUUAGCUUGAGCUAGUUGCUUGUCCACUUCACCUACCAGCUUGUCUACUUCUAAGUGACACAACACUAGUUGAAUAUUCAAUAAAACAAUGGUUAGAAUUCAAUAUUCUUUCAUGGUUCAGAUGUUGAUGCGAUAUUUAUAUAGAAUCUAAUAAUCUUAAAGUUUGGACAGUGUACUGUGUAGUGGUGGUUAUCCAUGAGAGUCCAACUGCCUUUAAAUAGCUAAGAAUGUGAUUCAUUGAUUAUAUUCUUAACAAACAAUACAAAUAUUGGAUUGAAAUGCAUGGACAGUUUUUGAUUAAAAAUACCUUUCCGACUGAACAAAUUUUCUUUUUCAGAAUAUAUGAGCUAUAAGUUUUUGUUCGUAGUAGACAUCUUGGUUUCAUCUCCUAUGUGUUGAUUAUCAGUGGUGGCUUUAGACUUUUAGUAGCGAUGCCUAUUCAUGGGUGGUGAGGAAUCAUUAUUGAAACAUGGUGUAUCGUGGCCUUUUUCCCUCGACAAAAGUCUAAUGGAAAUCACAUCAAUUAUUGGUAUUAAAAGAAGUAUUUAUUUGCAUCGAUUUUUUGGCGUUGUUUCUUUAGGUGUAAUGUUUGUGUUGGAGUCCGUAGAGCAGAAGUUAGAGUGAAUACUUAUUGCCUUAUAAGUGUCACACCGUGUUCAGAUGUGGAGAUUAUUAUUGGUGUUGUUUGUUAGUGGUGGGAUAUAUCAGUCAUGAGUCACGUUUUGACCUUGGCGUGGUCCUUUCUUUUUAUCUUCUGAUUAAAAAAUUUCUGCUAAGUGAUUUAUGCUUUGAGGACUAAAGUAGUUUUGGGAAUUGUCUUUGACAAAGACAGGUUAAAAAUUGGUUUGCUUCAGUUCAUGCCACUGCCAACAAGAUUGAAAUUUGCUGAGUAUUGUAUGGGUGUUGUUACUGAGAACUCAUUUCAUCUAGGGUUGCUGAAGAUUAAGGACCAUUGUAAAAAAGGCGUGGGGAACAACAUAAAUGAUAUUUUACUACAAAUUGAAAGUGGUUGGAUGCUUAUUUCUUAGUGAAGGUUUUGCAUGGUUGUUCAUUUUAGGCUGGUUGGUGUAAUGAAUGGGAGUGUUGUGUAUUUCUUGCAUCUCACGAAGUUGGUACUUUGAGGAGAGUUGGUGCUCUCAAUGAGUUGGUGCUCACUUUUGUAAUUUGGGUUGGUGCCCAUUUGUUAAUGAAAGCUAUCGUUUUGGGUUCUCCACAUGAAAUCCAAUGUUUGCAUCUUGAUCUUUGCUCUCUCUCUCUCUAUGUUUUAUCUGGUUUUGUGCAUUUAAAAGUUUAAAAUACUGAUUCAACCCCACUCUCAUCCCAGUAUUUUCUGUGUGCUUUUCACUAUGAAAUUAUGAAUAUCAUACCCAAGCAAAGACUAUAUCAGAUGACUUCAUUAGGAAGUGAUCAAUGUAUUGAAGACAUCAAUGAGUAACAAAUGAUAAAUGAAUGGUUUCGUGACUGUGCAUGAAGACAAUGGACUAGAGAAUGUGAAGCAGUUUGAUAAUACGAUAAGGCAGAAAUGGAGAAUAAUAAAGAAGCGAUUUGUCAAGAGAUAAUCGACUUCAUAAAAAUGGUCUAUUACAUAUUCCAGCAAUUCGAUCCAUCUGUGCAAUGCUCCAUGUGAACAUCCAACACUUUGGUUGAUUUGUAAUGUCCCCAUUUUUGCGUCUUUCUUAGCAUCAGUGUUUAUUAGGGAUUAGCAUAUCUAACUGGUUUCUGUAGGCUAAUGAUUUGAUUUGGAGACCAUUCAGGGUUCUUCAGCUGACAGUUUGGGUGUCGUUUUCUUGUGUUCUCCUUUCCAAUGCAUUGAGAUAUUUGAGAUUUGCCUUCCAUGGGUCAUUCAGGCUCUAUUUACACUCACUAUAUUUAGUAAGUCACAUGGACGUUGGGUUGGACCUUACUAUUUAUAGUAAGCCAUCUGGAUGGUCAGCAAGAACUAUGGUUACCCCUAGGGUGUUGGCAGAAUUAAUUAAUUGUUUUUAUAGUGGCUUUAAUUGGAGUUUAUGAUUUAUUUAUUAUUAUUAAUAUUAAAGUAAUGACUUAAAAAAAUUAUUAUUAAAAGCGACUUUAUAAUUGAUGGCAUUAAAUGCAUAUUUUCAUUUAAUGAUAUAAAAAUCAUUUAUUAAAGCCCAAAGUGGGAGCUAACAUAUGGAGGUAUAAGGAUAUCAAAGUAACUUUAUAUUAAUGAUACUUCAAAUGAUCCCCAUCACAUCCACAAGACCAACUUGCCAAGUGUCACACUCACUGUCCAUUCCAUGGCUCUCAACAUUAACUGCCUUAGCCAAUCGGCCACUUGCAAUAUAUGUAUCCAAUAGAAAAAGGUGCUUCACUCUACUGCAUUUGAUCUGAUCUGAUGCCUGGUAGGCUCCUAAGUCACUUGGAACACUCUCAGCACUAUUGCAUGUUAACUUGUAGCCAUUCAGAACGUGGCCAAAUAGAACAUCUGCAACACUGCUACAGGUCAUCUUGCAGCCAACCAUAAGAACUAUAGCACCUGCUGCAAGCUAUAUGCAGCCAAGAUUUAACACUUGCAUCACCACAAUGUUUCUAUCACUCGUACAGGUGAGUCAGCAGUAUUGACCCUGUGUGGUCCAUUUAAACUGAGCCACUUUAUGGAUCAUAUAUACUGCUUCUUUUAAUGCUUUCAUGAAAAGAUGAGUUUAUGCCAAAAUUUUGUCACAGUAAUGUAUAGUUAUAUAUUGUCUCCUCAUCUUAUAAUCCUUUUUAUAUUUGGUUAAGGAUUAUGGCUUUUUGUAUAAAUUACUUUCAUAUGUAAAUAUUAUCCUUUAUCUUGUUAUCAAAAAACUGGGUGUAACAUUUCUUUCUAGACAUUUGUGCAGAACAAUUUGGGUUGGAGCAAAUCAUUUCACCUGAGUUUCUGAUGUAAACUUCAGUCAUUUCUUAUCCAGCAUUCCAGAUGUGUCUCAGUCUAGCUAUAAGUUUAGAGUGUACACAAUUUCUUAGAGGAUGUCAUUUUCUUCAUUCAGCUUUAAUAGAAAACCCAAGAUUGUUCCAUUUCAGUCUCUCUGUUUUUGCCAGAGCACAACAAAGUGCACUAAUUCAGUUAUGCAGAGUGCUUUUGGAUUCAAUUGUGUAUUUUUACAUCCAAAAAACACUCUGUAUAACCAGAUUUAUGGGCUGUGGAAAAUUGUGCCUACUUAAGCACAGUAAGCUAAAAAUAAUGACACU